AUGGAUAAAAAUAGCAGUACAAAAAAAAAAGGUACAAAAAAGAAAUCUCUCCCUCGGGGAAUCGAACCCCGGUCUCCCGCGCUUAUCGGUGUUAAUGACAAGCGGAAAUCAUCACCACUAGACCAAGGAAGAUGUGAUGGUCGAGUUACUGCUCGGCCACUUGGCUGGUUGAUGUAUACAUCCACGCACAAUCCGCCUAUGUACAACAUUCAACCCUUCAACAACUUUAUAUAA